AUGGCGGUUACCGUCUUACCGGCCAGCUCUUUAACAGAGUCCGUGAAACAGGCCCUCCGCUCAACGACAACAUGCUCGGAUGCUACCGUGUUGUCCCUCCAAACACUCCUCCGCGGGUCGCCAAAGACGCCCGAGAAACCCACGAAACGCACAAAAUCCACAAGAGAACCAACUGCAGCGCCGAGUCGAACGAGAACAUCCCGUGCAACAAAGACAAAACCUGCAAACGAUGCGGCGCUGCAAUCAUUGGCCGAUCACGAUGCGGUGGCACUGUCAUGUCAGGAGAAGCUGGUCUUUGCUACGGAGGUAUUCAAUGCCACAUUAAAGACCCUCACAGAUGCCGCAAAGAUAUCUACAGCCAAACGCCAGAAUAAUACCACCGAUACUGCCAGUGGUCCCGACGCGGGCAUCGUCUCGGCUGCGGAGUGCGCCAGACUUUCUUUGUCCACACUGCGCACUCUUAAGAAUGAGGCUGGGAACGACCAGUUCCCGAACAUGCAGCUCGAGCAGGGACUGUGUGUACUCGCGGGAAAGCUUAUUUCCCUGGGACUGAACGACCUGGCAUACAAAGAGCUUCGACUUUUGAAGCGGAGAAUCCAACAAUAUCUUGAUAACGGGAAGGCCGGGAAGAAGACCGCGGAAGCGAAGGAUGCGACGGAAGAAGAAGCUUCGAAAGAACGGAUGUCAGAUCUGCUGACAUUCGCUCACAUCUCGAACGGGAAAUCGCUGUACGGCUUGCUUGUUCCCUUCCACUCGAAUGUGAUGCGGUUAUUCGCUGCGGAUAGAAGAGCCUCCACAAUCCAGAAGGUGUACCCUUCUUUGCAACUUUCCGAUUCGAGCAGCCCUGCUCAAAUAAUUUUGGCUGCCUUGAAGUCGGGUCACCUGUCGAAUGACAAAGCUGCUCUCCAACUCCAGCUAUUAUCAAAUACAGUUCUAUCGCUUUGCUCGGGAACAUCUUUCUCGAAGGAUGAGUCCUCCUAUAGUUUGAAGCCUACGACGUCAUUGGACUUGCAACUACUUUCCCUCGAGGUUCGAUGCCUGAGCUGGAAACUGUCCGGUCAUGUCUGUGAUGAGAGCAAAGAAGUGUUCGAUCCUUUGCUUCGCUAUUUUGGUAGCUUUUCUCACCGGAGCAAAAGCGUUGAGAAAUCCGAAUUUGCUUCAAUCUAUAAAACAGUUACCCGGCUGCAAACAUCCAUUGCAGAGGUCAAGAAGAAGUCCUCAGAAACACAGAAUGCCCACCAGGCUGCCAAGCUCAUGACUAUCCUCGGGCAGCUCGCUUUCGACGCGGGUUGUUUUGAUGAAUCUAUGAGGCUGUUCACACAAGCCGUCAAUCCUCUCUCAAAAACUCAGUCUCUUUCUUUGGCAACAGUCCGGUGUAAAAUUGCAUCUGUUCAUUUCCAGGCCUCGAAGACAUCGAAAAAGUUCCUGGACGGAGCUUUAGAUUCUGUGUCAGAGGCGACCCAAUCAUUAGGGUUGCAAUUAAGAGGCAGCGCAAACGACCUAGAUGAACUGCUGGUGGAAGCCGCAAGACUGAAGAAGCUGGCUCUUGCGUGGUUCGGAGAGGCUGUCACAAAAAGCCCGGAGACUGAAAGUGAGAAAAACCAAGUUGCCACUCAGAUCAGGGAAUAUCUACAAGCGUUCAUCAGGUUCCUCAGACGCUAUGUUGGACGCCAACCAGCGGAAGAUGGUGACGAAAAAGAGAUUGAGAUGUUCAACAAACGUGUUUCAAUUUCUAGAAGUAUCAUUCUAGCUGCCAUUGAUUCAACUGUCGCAAUUGGGAAACUUUCUAUCAUGUCUCAGAGGCCACCUUGGGAAGACAUGCUUCCAAUCUUGGCUGAUUGCCAUCGCCUGCUUUCGACUAUCGAAACCCCCGAUGAAAAAGAUACGGAGACAACGGAAAACCUAGGAAUGGCACUUGUUAAACUCUCAAAUCUGUUCUGGUCGCGAUACAUCAAAGAAAAAGAAGCCGGACAGGGUUAUCGGGAGCUUCUACCCCUUCUCAAACAAUCUACCCAGCUGCUUUCAAGUUGCUCGCCUUCCCAACGCCACACGGCGUUUGCAGCCCUCAAGUUCGAGAGAAUGGCCCAUCUAUACAUCGAGGGCAAUAUGUACAUUGACUCAGAGCUGAUGUUUCGACAAUCAAUUGAAGAAUACAUUCUCUCUGGCACUCUAGAGCAGAUUGUCAAGAGCAGCGAAGGACACAACCCGAGUUUGUUGAACCAGGAUCCUAAGAGCCCCGGUUUCAUGCUUGGCCGUGUAUUCUCGGCCCUUCUGAAGAUGAAGCUGCGCAGGAAGGGAUCUCACCCCUCUGUUGUCUAUGAUGAUGUUGAACUAGAAUUCGAACAGAGAUGUCUUCUUCUCGAAUGGCAGAUGAGCUUGCUUGUUGACAUGAAUAGCUCUUCUUCAAACGAAGAAGAGUUUCGCUUGAUUCUCGGCUCAGCUGUUUCCUCCCUCCUCGAUCUCUAUCCCCCUGACGUCUACCCUAUUCGUCGUUCUCGCGUGAUCCUCUCUGCCUUGCGGCUUCUACUGGAGCAGCCUACUGCCUUGGAUUCAACAUUGAUCGAGACUUUGCUGGAUGCAGGAACAAAGGCUUUGGAUGGCGGUUUACAAGUCCGAGAUGACAUUGACCUUGCCUCAUUCGCAAUCCAUAUUAGCAACUCAUUGCGAAUCAUCAUCGGUUUCCACCGCGGCAAGAUUGACGCAAGCGACCUGAGACGACACACUUGCUUCCUGGACUUCAUUGGCGCGCCAUUGAAGGCACUGGUUGACUAUACCGAAAUUCACGGGCUUUGGAAGGCUCAACUAUGCACCCUGGAACUGAUAUUACGCGCCGCGGAGCUCAAUCAGUCAGGAGAUUUGUCAGAUGCCAUUAUCAUUCUGUCGCGCUUGGUACUGCAGAAUUGCCGUCUGGGCUACUGCCAAAAGGCAGGUGAACUCCUAUCGCGUGGUGAGCAGUAUCUUGCUCAAACCAAGGUUUCUUCUCUUGCUACCAUUUCCUACAAAAUUGCACGGGUGGAAUAUCUUCUGGAGACCGGAGAGCCCGAGAAAGCCGCCACGGUUCUCUCAGCAGCCCGUACACUCUAUGACAAGUGCCAGAAAUCAGAACUAAGCAACUUGACUGUCCUGUCGAAGAUCUCGUGGGAGAGGCUGGUAGCAGAUGCCGCCUUUGUUCAGUCCAGGUUGUUCUCCGCACAGGGCGCAGCAACCCAGGCUCUGUACUUCGCAAAGCUGUCUGUAAGGCUCAACUGCCGCAUAUGGGCUAAGGUUGAGAGGCUCGCCCAAAGAAAGCAAGACAAGGUGUUGCCUGCUGCAGGAAACUCUGAUGUUGAGGCUGUUGCUGAUGGUAUCGCGAAACUUGAUUUGUCUCAGAACGGGUCUUCCCCAGAUAUGUCUGCCAGCUACAUCCAAGGUGCGCCUUUCUGGCCGCAUCUAGGUUCCCACCAUACCUGCUUGCUGAACCUCGCCACAUUAUCUGCGCACCAUGGCUUGUUCCAAGAUGCUAUCUAUUACGGCGAACAAGCGCUCAAGAUUGACAAGACCCUUGAUGCCAAUGCACGGCUACUGGCGGCGCAGACCCAGCUUGGUUGCCAUUGGAUUCUUAGCGGCCACAUGAGUGAGGGACAAGAUCAUCUCUCUGCAGCGGCCGAGUCAUCUAAACAAACCCACAAAAGUAUCGAAACCGUGUCUUUCCAAAUGGCGCUUGCGUCCCUGUACAAGACGCAGGGUGCACAUGACAAGGCACUCCGUGUCCUCCUGGAAGCAGAUAAAAUCAUCACAGCGGUCACCUCUACCGAUAUUCCUGCGAAUCUGGAGGCGUCGGGCGUGGCAGAAAUCGAAGAAAAGAUGGACAAGUUACGGGUUAGAGCAAGCAGCCGGCGAACCCCAACACCUACGACCACUACCGCUCGGCGGACCCGUGCAACCAGUUCCGCGACUACCAAAACCACAAAGAAAGCCCCAGCUCCAAAACCAAAUCUCCCCGAAGUCCAAUCUAAAUCCCUAUUACAACUGAAAGGCAGCAUCCUCAGGCAGCAAGCUGAUUGCCUGCGGGAAUUGCGUGACUUCGAGCGAUCUGCACAGGCACUCGCAGAGGCCAGACAAUUUUCAGUGGCCCGAGAAAGCAAGAUCGCCCUGGAGAUCGGCGAAAGUGAGCAUCUGUUGGCUGAUGCUAUUCGCCGUUUUGCCAGCCAUGCCGUGUACUGCGUCUUGCCUGAAUCUACAAUUUCGCUGCCGUCACUUAAGACACCAAGCAAGACGGCAGAUGAGCUCAGUUUACCCCCGGCAAAGCCGUCGACAAGGAGAACCAGGGCUCCAGCCAAAACAACGCGCACCAAGGCCCAGCGAGCCAGUGACGACUUUUCGGUUAUGCUGUCCAAGGCAAGCGAUUGUCUUGCCAGUGUCUUCUCUGAUGCCACCAUCCUAGGCUCAACGCUUGAUAGCCAUGCGGCAUCUCGCUUGAUGAGUCGGAUCUCUAUGCUAUCACAUGCGACUUCUCCCGGGAUUCCGGCGACUCUGGCUCAGUCGCCCGCGAAUAUGAAUGAGAUCGGACGUGUUGGCGCAUUUGCCCGGGAGCGUAUGGCGAUUGAUAUCGAUCGACAGCUGGCUGAUUUCGCCGACCCUCUAUUUUGGCCAACCUCGUUCCCCUCAGCUGUUGAACUGCACCAGGAUCUUUGCUCCAACUUCACGCAGGAUUACGUCGACAUUCUGCCCGAAACUUGGAAUGUUCUCUCUUUGUCAUUGAGUGCAGACCGUACCGAAUUUGUGGUUUCACGACUCCAAAAAGACCGCUCACCAGAGCAAUUCACGUUUGAGGAUGGAAAAGAGGAGAUGCAAGAACUUAUCAAGCUGGCCAACGAAAGUGCACAUGCAGCCAAGGCCCAGACGGACAAGUUGUCAAAGAAGGAAUGGUGGAAGACCCGCGAAGCCCUCGACCAUCGGAUGGAAAAUGUGCUUCAAAACAUUGAGAACAUAUGGUUUGGAGGGUUCCGUGGUGUGUUCUCGCCGUUGUCGCGGGAGACUACCGCGCUGGCCCGGUUCGCGAGUACCUUUCAAAGUAUCCUUGACAAGCAUCUUCCUUCUCGGCAGAAGGGUGGCAAGGCCGCUGGACCCCGGCUUACACUACAUCAGAACGUAGUGGACUUGUUCAUUGGGCUUCGCGAUCUUGAAGAGCAAGAAGAGCCCGAAGACACACUGAUGGAUCUUCUUUACUUUGUGGUGGAUAUUCUACAAUUCCAGGGCGAGCGUAAUGCCUACGACGAGAUCGACUUUGACAUGAUGGUCGUAGAUACUCUCGAUGCCUUGCGAGGUUACCACGAAGCUGCACGCGAUGAACUGGCGGCACGGCCGCCGAGACAUACACUCCUGGUGCUCGAUAAAGCUCUUCACCUGUUCCCGUGGGAGUCACUUCCCUGUCUGCAAGGAUACCCUGUCUGUCGGGUUCCAUCCCUCGAGUGCCUCCGGGACCGUGUUCUCCAAUUCCGCAAGGCAUCCUCCGGAACCAUCGUGGACCGCAACUCCGGCGCAUUCAUUCUCAACCCGACAGGCGACCUGCGCACUACACAAACAACGUUUGAACAGGACCUCUCCAAGUUCAAAUCCUGGACUGCAGUCGUGCAGCGCGAACCAACCGAAGACGAAUUCCGCGACGCGCUGGAAAAGAAGGAUCUAUUCCUCUACUUCGGCCACGGCAGCGGCGCGCAGUACAUCCGCGGCCGCACGGUCAAGCGGCUCACACAAUGCGCUGUUACUUUCCUAAUGGGAUGUAGCAGCGGCACUUUGACCGAAGCUGGCGAGUAUGAGCCCUACGGCACGCCGAUGAAUUAUCUCCAUGCAGGCAGCCCUGCGCUCGUGGCUACGCUGUGGGAUGUCACUGAUCGGGACAUCGAUCGGUUUACAACGACUGCCUUUGAUGCAUGGGGUCUGGUCGAGAAGAAGGAUAAGAAGGAUAAGAGUCGGGGAGAGAAUGUUGGGCUUGACACGGCAAUUGCGCGCUCGAGGGGUGCGUGUGUGUUGAGGUAUCUGAAUGGCGCAGCGCCUGUGGUUUAUGGAGUCCCGGUGUUUUUGGAGUGA